ACCGACCCAUUGUUGCCCCGCUCCCUCUCCACAGGCCAGCCCCAGUCCCAGCCCUGUGGGUUACAGCCCGAUGACCCCCGGAGCGCCCUCUCCUGGUGGGUACAACCCUCACACCCCCGGCUCCAGCAUCGACCAGAGCUCCUGUGACUGGGUGACCACGGAUAUCCUGGUGCUGGUUCGAGACACCUUCCCGGACAGCCAGGUGGUGGGAAAAACUGGGGUUAUACGCAGUGUCUCGGGUGGCAUGUGCUCUGUGUUUCUACAGGGCUCUGACAAAGUCGUCAGCAUCUCCAGCGAACAUCUCGAACCGCUAACGCCAACCAAAAACGACAAGGUGAAGGUUAUUUUGGGAGAGGAUCGUGAAGCCACUGGCAUCCUGUUGAGCAUUGACGGGGAGGAUGGUAUCGUGAGGAUGGAGCUGGAUGAGCUGUUGAAAAUCCUGAAUCUCCGAUUCCUGGGCAAGCUGGAAGUGUGACCUGCCUGGCUCCCUCGCCUCCGCUCCACGCACUGGCUCUCCAGGAAGCAGCUUCUGCUGAAACAAGACAACAAAAACCGAAGUCAUGCUUUUCUGCUUCGGUAGCUUUAUUUUUUUUUGCAGUACCACGGUCAAAAAAAAAAAGAAAAAAAACACUCACGAAUUUAUGAUUGUUAGAAAGGAGGGAUAUUAUUUUUCUGUUUUGAAAAGUGUUUAGGUAGUGGUUUGACAACCCGCCCUGCAUUUCAGUGCAGCAUUACUGUGAUUUUUGUCUAGUGUUGUUUUUUUGCCAUUUAAAUUACAGGCUUCAAUAAAACCUUGUUAAUGUAAAAAA